GCUCUAACCAUUGCCACCAAUAAGAAACAAGAAGUUCGGAAACCACAGCGAAUUACAAAUGAAUUAUUUCCCGCUCUUUAAUCUCAUUGGACUACAUACUGCACAGUAAUAUGGCAGCAGUUAUCAAGGACGUGGGUGAAAUAUGGUUCCGUCUGUUUGAUCAUCGACCUUUUCUAAGUGGUGAAAUCAAGUUUUUUCUGAAGGAAUUUGAAGAGAAACGUUCUGAUCGAGAAGUGGAGAGGUUAUUCCAGAUACUUGAGAGAUCAACAGAAAUCAAAGACACACAAAUAGAUAGAGUGAAAUUAGCUUCUGAUAUCCAUUUACCAACUUUAAAUGCCAACUUGGAAGUGGCUGUAAGCAUGUGUAAUCGCAUUUUGGAGAAAGAAGAGCAACACCGAUCUGACACAACUCUGAUAGCAAGACGUGAAAUUAGGAAAGCAGAUUGGGAAUGUUUCAUUGAAGAUAUGACCCAGAAGUGCUCCAAAGUAGAUGCUACAUUUCAAGAAAAGGAGGAAGAAUUAAAGGAAUUUUAUUCUGACCUAGAGAAGAAACUUCUUAUCGGAAAGUAAAUAAUUUUUGGGCACCAGUAUCACAAGGCACAGAAACAAUUCUGUGUGUGAUAAGUACUUUUAUGCCAUAAUUGUAUCUAAGAAACCAGUGACAUAAUGGAUCCUUUACUCCAAAUCAAACCAUCAGAAAAGUUAAAAG